AUGUCGACGCCAGAUACACCGGUCAUGCCACACACACCACUGACGCCACAUGGCUCCGCCUCCAGAGAUAUUUCAGGCGAUCAUGGCUCUAAUGAUGGUGAUUUUGAUGACUCAUCGUUGCCCAUUAUCCACAAAGAAGGGGAUAAGUUUGGUGACCAUUCUAUCCACAACGCGGUUAUAGAUCUCUUUUGGCAGAGUAUGGAUGAUGCGUGGCCUACAUAUAAGAGCAUCACGGAAAAGACUCGUAAACAGAUGUGGUACACAACGGAGAAUGAGGCGAUAUAUACAACAUUCAAUAAUGUCCUCAAGGAAAGAUACAAGGACCGGAUGAGGGAUUUGAGGAAGUUAUCUGCUAGAAUGGCACGACGUGAUGGGUUACCAUUUAAAAAAGAUUUUUCUAAAUACUUUCCAGAGAUAUAUCAAUACCGUCCCCAGAUGCGUUGGAGCACAGAGAAAUGGAAAAAGUUGUCAGAUGCUGCUCAGACGAACCGGAACACCCCUGAUUCCACUGGGAAGACAUCAAGGCAUACGGCUGGUAGCAUAGCACAUGCCAAGCACCGUCGUAGAUUGAAAGCACAGCUGGGUAAAGAUCCCGAAUUUUGUGAUCUAUACGUGAAGACACAUGGCACCAGUGAGUCGAAGAAAAGAUAUUUCAAGGGAGAAAGUGAAAAUAUAGAAUAUUGCUCUAAAACAGCCAAAGAUGCAAAAGAUGCAUAUCUAGAGGGGUUAGUGAUGAAAUAUGGAGAAGACCCAGCAAACCAUAGGCACGAUGCGCAGGUAUGGGUUGAAAGCCAAAUUCGGAGAACAGGAGGAAAAAAGAAGGGUCAUAUCUAUGGUAUAGGGGCAUUGGAUGCCAAUGUUGUGGUUUCUAGGAUAACAUCUUCCGAAUCUACUCGGUCCACCCAAUCCAACAACAACACACAAGAAGAGGUUGAUAGGUUACGUGAAGAAGUUUCUAACAUGCGACAAUUGCAAGAACAAAUGGUACAACAAAUGGAAAGGAUGGUGAGGAUGAUGAAUGGUACAACAAAUCAAGCCAAUGAUCCCCCUCAUACUCCACCCGAGGAUGGUGUAUAAGUUAUGCAUGUUGGUAUUUGGAAUGAAUGUUUGUUA